AUUAUAAAUAUUUUAAUUGAUAAACACUAUAUCAAUAGAUUUGAUAAAAUUGUUUAUUAAUGGCGAUAAUAAUUAUCGUUCGAUUAGUAUUGAUCGACAACUUGUCCAGCGACCACGUAGGGUGGUGCGCAAUCAUGACUCUAAAGAAGGUGGCUCCUGAGCUCCGUCUCGCGGCCACAAUAUCGGGGAGUAUCACAAUCAUAACAUCAGUAGUCAAUAUAGUAUUAACCGUCAUAGCAAUAAUAUUUCGAUUCACAUGCAGUACAGGCGACCCCGCCUCGACGUCAGGAGCCAAACUAUUUAUGACAACUUUGUACAGAGUGUACAUACAAGAUGAUUCCUGUACAAAUUCACUGUCCGUAGAAGAUAUUACAAGUUCACAAACGGUGUUCAUAUUAACAUGUAUAACUUUGGCAUUCGCGGUGGUCAAUUUUAUCUUGGCGUCAUCCCUGAUUGCUACUGUUAUCAACCCAGAGAGUACUUCAUGUCUAACGGUGACCGCAUAUUUGUAUGUUGGAGUAUCUUUUUCGGUUUUGAUUGUCGAUCUUACAUUGGCCACACACUUUGGGUUAGAUAUGACGACACUGGCUAAUAGACUUAAUAACGCCUCUGCUGGAAUUGAAGAGAGGUAUAUGACGGAUAUAUUACGUUUAGGGGCUUUAGUUCUCAUGUCUGUAACGCUCAAAGGAUAUAUAUUUCAUGUAGUAAACACUGUUUUAUUGGUAUAUAUUGUUAUAUACAUAAUUGAGCACCAGAAAUCCGACGACAGAAAUGAGCACAACAUUCAUAAACUGGGAGUUCUGAACGCGUUUGAUUUUCCAAGACCACACAUAGACUCUUGGCGAACGCGAUCAGACAAUUUUGCUGGGGAUACUAGAGGACAACAGCAAUGGAACCGUGGUUACCAGGAUGAUGAGCCACGAGGGCGUGACCGUGAAACUGCUGUAGCGGAUAUGUCAAAACCCUUUGAACGUUCGGAAUCAUGGCUUCGCACCCAGCCCACCACGUCACACAUGAACAACCGUCCGUUCUCGUACUUAGAGGAACCAAAACGUUCACCAAAGUCACAAGCAGAACCUAAUUGGCACAGGGAGUGGCCACCACCACCGCCAGUGCCAAUGCCAGAUUACACACCACCAGCACGACGCCUAAAAUCCGCCCUGAAACAGGGCUAUCCUUAGGCCCAUUUUUAAUAUCAAGUUCUAAUAGCAUUACCUAGCACUGUCAAUGUUCUGAGGUUGAGUUUUGAGUUCUGUUUACGUUCUGGAACAUUUAAACUUGUCUAGUAGUUCUAUCCUACGCUGUAACUAAAACUGAACAUUGUUGUCGGUUGAAUAGUUAAAUAGUCCUAAACUUUUUAAAAUGAUUUUGGAUACUUUAGUGUAGGGAAUUAAUUAAUUACGUUAUAUCGAAAAGGGUCAGUCAGUUUAUAUAUUUGUUGUGUGUACGAUAAAAUGGGUAAUCGUUUCUAAAAAUAAAAUUAUAUCGUUGAUGUUUUUAUGAAUAUGGAUCCCCAAACAUUCGGAGUGUGGAUAUGCCAAGAUAGAUUUCAGUUGUUGUAUAUUAUACAUAUAGAUUUACUAAGAUGGUUGAUGAAUAAAUCACAUUGCGUUACUCAACUAUUGGUAUAAAAUAUUAUUAAUUAUGUUAUACUAAAUGUGAUGCGGAUAAAAUAGUCCUAUUAUGAAAUGACCAUUUCAAAUAUUUAACGAUGUUACUAAUCCUUAUUACAAAGAAAAUUUAAAAGUACCAAUUUAUAUUUGUUACUAACAUGAUAUCUUAACCAAACAUCGUUUGUCAACACUUCUUAACAAUAAUAAUAAUCAGGCAGUAAUAAUUAUAUAAUUAGAAUGUACCUUUUGUUUUUCUAGUGCUUCGCUACUCUGUCGUAGACAUCUGAGGCACUUGGAUUCAUACAGUAUUUUUAUUUUUGUAUUAUCGUUUAUACUUUAUAUAAAAUAUUAAUGCUUUA